AUGGUUUUCAAGCAUGAAUAUACCCAUCCUCACCCAAGGCACAAGUUAGCAUAUGGCCUCAAUUCGAAAAUCAUCAGGAAGAUCUCCGACGCAUUGGUAGAUUCCUCGGAAAAUCCCGAGAAUUUAACGCAUGUUGAGUCUUUCUAUUUGCUCACUUGCGUUUACAAAAUCAUCGGCAAGGAUACGUCAGCAUGGUCUGCUAUCGAGGAUGUCGAAUGGUCCAACAGAGUUACUCGCAGCUACAUGUACAUCAGAGAAUAUAUUGCUCGACAGCCUUUCAAUAUUCCUACAGCCAUUACUCCUAUGGACCGGCUAGCCCUGUACUACAUUGUUCCCGAGUCAAAGGAGAUCCUUUAUCGAGUUAUCCCAAAACUAGUCGGUUUCAUGGACCAUGAUAUUUUCAAACAAGAGGAUGUGGCUCGCGAGAUCUACGAUUUGGGAUUUCUUCCUGCGCCUAUCUCCGCAAAGGACGUACCCGAAGCGGCCAGACGCCGAGCCAAGAUGACUGAUCCAUACCUGAAGAAGAUUGUAGGAUCAGCGAUGAUUCGGGAUUUGCUUCGAAGAUGGAUUGCAGCUGACGCCGAUUCAGUCAGUAUUCUUAAGCUGACUAGGUCCGGGUGGAAGAUCUUUGCAGCACGCUAG